CUCCCAAGACAGAUCGACUCAGUUAUCGUCAGGACUUCUCAGAGGUGAGGAGGGGAAACAACACAAAAGGAUUUGCUCUACAGGACUUACUGAAGAAGAAGAGUCCUUUUAGAACAGGAGUGGACACCUGCAAGAAUCCUUCUUGAUUAGAACGUUUAUUUUUUUAGUCUACUAAAAAAAAAUCCUUCUACAGGUGAUACAAACGUACACAUCUACAUACGUAGGCCUCUACAGGAAGGAACAAAAUUCACAGGACCUGAAGUCUUCAGGCAAGAGGAAAUUGAAUCAUCUCAGCUGCCGUUCUAAAAGAAAAUUCCAGCGGUUGAUCCAGAAUGGCACAUAUGAAAGUGCUGUCGCCAGCGCCCACGUCGACCUUAACUGAUCUCCUUGGGCCUUUACCUACAGAGGAAGAUGACUUUGAAACCUGGCUGGAGGACCCGACGGAGCGCGUGACUCAGGCGACACUGAGGCAGAGAGUGGAGGAAGAGAUGGCUCUUGCGACGGACGACGGCAUCUGUCUACCUCCCUCCCUCCUGGACCAAGUGGCCGAAGAGGUUCUCCACCUGUCGAAGGACGAGCCCUGUGGACUCAGGGGCUGCAUGCUAUUAGUGAUGUGGAAGAGCGGCGACUCCGACAACCAGCGCCAACUCAUCACUCAGGUCAAAGCUGACGCCUGCACCCCCACCACCCACAUUCUAGUUUUGACGCUGCAACCGGAUUGCUCCUCGUGGUACAACAGGAUGGCGAGAAUGAUCAGGUCAUUGGACAAGAGAGAGAGAAGACAGCUGGUGGCGUCUCCCGAUUACGAGCUCAAGAAGAGAAGAUUAUGCAACUUCGAAGAAUGAGGGAAUCCCGGAGAGCACAUUUUUCUUCCACGAUGUACAAGAACGCGCCGUGAUGACAGUUCACAAACGCAAUUUUAUCUCAUUUUUUAUUUUUUUAUUUUUAUUUUUAUAGAAUUUUUGUAAUUGCAGUAGUGGGGCUAUUGAGCUGAACCACUUCGCAUUCAGCAUGUUGAUUUGAAAUCAAACUCUGCUGAUGAAAUUUCAGGGAAUCUGGAUGCUUAUAUGCAGAGAAUGAGUAGUCCAUGUGUGCACGCAUGCAUCAAAUAUAUAUGUGU